AAGUUACCUUAGGCCAUGAUUGCCGUGAAAUAGUUAGACAAAUGCUGAUAUCUUUGCCGGACACCGAUCCGUCGGUCGGUCGUCCCCGUAUUUCGCUACGUAUGUGCUAUUUUUUGUGUCUAUCUCUAAAAUUAACCAUGGAGGUAAGGAUUCUCUCGCACUUUGGCGCACACAUAUAUUUUAAACUCUCUUUUGGGGUUUUGCUUGACUUGCUCCGAGAUGCUCCCCCUGGCGUUGUACUGGCGCGUACGUCAGCUUAACCCUGAGAUGAUACCAGCCAAGCAGGGACUCUAACCGCCGUGAGAAUCGGUUAUUUGGGAAAUUCGGCAACCACCUUAGCCGCACUAGCGGCAGCAAGUAUACCGGGUUGGCCAGUGAGUGAAUCUUCGAGCAUCGUCCGAGACGCACGUUGUGUACGUGAUCUACGUUUGCGUCAUAUGUGAAGUGAAAUAAGGCUGACCGCAUUACGAAGUGAGCAACAAUGCGACGACUUUCAGUGUGGGUCCUGUUGGGCCUAGCGCUGUUUACCCUGAGCACAGCGGGAUUACAGGUGCAAGCUGAAACGCCAACCGAGUACGAAUGCAGACCAUACAUUGAGAAGGCAAUCCAGGAUCUUAAGACCGAAUCAGCGGAAGUUGCUGACGAAAAUGCCAGUAUAGAGAACAUGAUCGAUGUGACGAGCCAGGAGGAGGAAGACAAUACGGCAGCGGAACAGGUGAGCACCGAGGAAACGGACACGGCCGCGGACGAUGCUACGGAAGAGAUAACUCCCUCGGAAGAGGUACAGGAGCAGCUGUUCGCGGACAAAGCGGAUGACGAAGCGGCCAUCGAAUCGGACCAGGCGGUUGAGGAAGAGUCGGAAAAUGUAGCAGAUUCGGAGGAAGCUGAACAGGAGCAGCAGGAAGAGGGUGAUGCUACAGAGGAGGAAGCAUUGACCGAGGAAGACACCCAGGAUGACCAGGAAGAGAAUGCGACCGAAGAAGCUGUCCAGUCGGAAGAAGCAGAACCGGCCGCGUCCGAGGAACAGUCCGAAGACACGGUAACGGAAUCCGAAGAGCUGACCUCCGAAGAGUCUGCCAAUCAGGUGCUGGAAGACGCUGCCGAUGGUGAGGACGAUGGAGAUGAUGAUGAAGAUGACAAUGAGAACGAAGAUGUAGCUACGGAAGAGGUUACAGAAUCUGCUGAGGAAGCUGCUACCGAGAGCCAGGAAGCGGAAGCUGCUGACGAGGAUGAGGACGAAGAUGAGGAUGAUGAAGACGAGACGCCAGACAGUGUAGAGGAGGAGAACAAAUCAGAAGAAGAUAAUGAUGACGAUGACAAAGAAGAAAAAGACGAUGAUGAUGAUGAUGAGGAAGAUAAUGAAGAACAGAACAAGAGUGAGGUCGAGGAGGAUGACGAUCUAGAGGAGGAAAAUGCGGUCAAAGGAUCGUAUGACGAUCGUGACCAGGAAGAAGAUAGUGAAGAUGCUUCCAUAGAAGCUCCCGCAUCAGCGGAAGUUAGUGACACUGACGAUGACGUACCGGAUAGUUCCGAAGACGACAGUCAGAAUGAGAGUGAAGAUUUGGAAGGAAAAACAGCCUCCGAGGAAGAGGAAUUGUCCGCCACCGAUGAUGGCGACGAGGAUGAAGAAGAAACGUUGACCGAAGAUACGGUCGCUAGUGGUGAGGAUGCUCAAGAGGAACCGACCGACAGUGAGGAGGAAGCUGAGGAUGCUGCCGGUAGUGAGAAUCUGAGCGAAGAGCCGGAACGUGAAACAGUGGAAAGCAGUACUGCAACAAGCGAGGAGGAGAACGAUGAAGCUUCACCUGAGGCUGGUGAGCAAUCUGAGGAGCAGGUGGUUGACAGUCAGGAAGACGAAACCGCUGCUCAGGAGGUAGCAUCCACGGAAGAGCCUGUUGAAGAGAGCAGUGAAGAUGCUGCCACCGUAGAGGAUGUCGACACGGCCUCCCAGGAGCAGGAAGAACAAAGCGCUGAAGAGGCGACCGAACCAGCUGCAGAGAAUAGUGCUGAGGAGGAAACUGUCCCUGAAUCUGCCGAAGAGGAAGUGGCCGUCACUGCUGAGGAGGAAAGCGCAGAGGAAGCCGCCGUAAAGCAGGACUCGGAAGAAACGUUGGCACAGGAAGCGGCGGGAGAAGAAAGUGUUGAGAAAGCUUCGGAAGAAACGGAAACCGCCUCUACGGAAGAAUCGUUCCCGGAGGAAGAUCUGCUCUUGGAGUACCAAAUUCCAUCGAACCUUAGAGAUACUACGCACAUCUACGAACUGCUGAACAUCAACGACGACGCACCCGCCCGGGAGAAGGCCCUGCAGGAGACGGCCGACGUGAUCUUGCGCGAUCUGAAGCGCAUCUACGACAAUUCGAUCAAACCCCUCGAAACAUUGUACAAGUACCGCGAUCUCAGCAAUCGCCACUUUGGCGAUCCGGAGAUCUUCUCGAAACCGCUCGUCCUGUUCAUGGGCCCGUGGAGCGGCGGCAAAUCAACCAUUCUGAACUAUCUGACACACAACGAGUACACGCCCAACUCGGUGCGGACCGGUGCUGAACCGUCGCCCGCAUACUUUAACAUUUUAAUGCACGGUGACGAGCCGGAGGUUUUGGACGGUACCCAGCUGGCCGCCGAUUGGACCUUCUCGGGAUUGCAAAAGUUUGGACAGGGGCUGCUUGACCGGCUGCGCGGUCAGAAGCUGCCCAACCAGCUGCUAGAAAGGGUUAACAUUGUGGAAAUUCCCGGCAUUCUGGAGGUCCGGAAGCAGGUGUCCAAGUACUUCCCGUUCAACGAUGCCUGCCAGUGGUUUAUCGAUCGCGCUGACAUCAUCUUCCUGGUGUACGAUCCAUCCAAGCUGGACGUGGGCCCAGAAACUGAAGCCAUACUGGACCAGCUGAAGGGACGAGAAUAUCAGACACGAAUCCUGCUAAACAAAGCUGAUCAAGUGAAACCUGAGGAGCUGCUGCGUGUCCAGAGUGCCUUGAUCUGGAACAUUUCUCCGCUGAUGUCGUCGGCGCAACCACCGGUCAUGUACACGGUGUCGCUGUGGUCCAAUCCGUUCGAGGUGGGCGCACCCGUCCGUCUGCUGCAGGCACAGGAGCGAACUCUGCUGCUCGACCUAGGCCAGGCUAUCGAGCGCCGCAUUGAGAACAAAAUUGCCAGCGCCCGUCGCUUUGCGGUUCGUGUUCGCAACCACGCCAAGAUGGUGGACUGCUACCUCACCACGUACUACAACCACAAGACGCUGUUCGGUAACAAGAAGCAGAUUUCCGAGAAAAUCAUUGCCAACCCGCAGGACUACCACAUUUACGAGGGCCUGUCGACGCUCACCAACAUCUCCCGGUACGAUCUGCCCGAUCCGGAGGUGUAUCGCGAUUUCUUCCACCUGAAUCCGCUGUACGAGUUCAAGAAGCUGUCCGAAACGUGCACGUACUUCCGCGGCUGCCCGAUCAACAAACUCGACGUGGCGAUCGCGUACGAGCUGCCCGAGCUGGUCGGCAAGUACAAGAAGAUGUCGGAGGCGGCACUUGCGAAGCUGGACGUUCUUACGCCAACAUCCGAUUUCGGCAAGGGGAAAUCGAAUAGUUGAGCGAAACGGGCACAACGUUCUGUACGAUCGAACAACUUGCAUUCAGUGCGUAAUGUUAAAGUAGUGUAGUACGGUAUCUUUAUUUAUCUUUUACGUUUCCCUAACGAAUCUUCUACCACUCCCUAUCGUAUCGUAGGUUUCGAUGCUCUCCGACGUAUCCCCCAGCUGGGAGGCAUCGAAACGCAACAUCUGUGCUUUUAUGAUUUCACUCUAUUUCCUUCUAAUUCUUAGAGGUUUUUCGUAAGGUUGUAUCGGAACGGACCUAACAAAACCACAAUCAAUUAAUUGAAUCUGCUUCUGCUGCUCAGAGGACGUGAAUAGCCACGCAUCACGGGAUGAUGUUGAACGACGAUAAAGGUGUCGAUGAAUGUAAUGAAGGUGGUGUUUACCGUUUUGUUUAAUAGAAGAAAGUCCAAAUAGAGCGCUGUCUGAAGUUCACGCCGCUGAACAAUAUCUAUUACCAGAGGAUUAAACUCCGGUAGCGAACAAGAAGUAUGCAUCGAAAACACGAACCUGAAGUUUGCCUAUGUGAUAAAUGAUGGCUCAGAGCAUAAGAAGACAAUGUGCAAUGUAUAGUUUACACCAAAGCAUCGGCAACGAGCGGUGGUGUAAACUAUCCAAAAAACCAGAGUUACGUUUGGCGCUGUUUGUGACUCUAGAACCAGACUGAUUGAUACAGGUAAACUGCAAUGCUACACAGCUCGGUAAGCAAGGCAAUACUAUCGCCAUCAUUUGAAAAUCAACCAAGAGGAAGUUGAAUAAAAAUUGUAAAACACAAUAAAGUUACAAAAUGGUAAAAGUUGUA